AUGCCCGGCAACUCGUCUCACAUUGCAGAAAUCACCGCCGUUUCCGGCGGCACAGUCACGUCGCCGCAAGGGUUUUCGGCCGGCGGUGUGUACAUCGGUCUCAAAUCCCGGGGCGAGGACAAGCUGGACCUGGCGCUAUUGGUCUCGGAUACGCCGUGCUCCAUAGGUGGCGUGUUCACGACGUCGGCGAUCCGUUCGGCAACGGUUGAUCUGGACCGGGAACGGGUGGCCAGCGGACAGGCUCGCGCUCUGAUCGUCAAUGCGGGCAUCGCCAACACCUGCGUGGGCGCACAGGGAUACAAGGACGCCGAGGAAAUGACUCGCCUGGCCGCCGAUUGCCUGGGGAUGGCCGCGGAGGACGUUCUGGUUUGCAGCACGGGAGUCAUCGGGGUUGAACUGCCCAUGUCCCUGAUCCGAUCCGGUGUGACCGAGAUCGUGCUGGACGACCAGGGUGGCAAUCAGUUGGCCCCGGGCGAUGAUGACCACUGA